GGGUGCGGGCAUGCUUCGAUGAAACAUGUAGACCACCACCAACAGUUGCCGUUCAUUCAUACUACUAGUGGUACUUAGCAGAGCGUAUUAGUUGUACCUGUUUCUUACAUUCAUGACACCACGUGGAAGACGUGUGCCAAAUCCAGUGCUUUCAUAUGUUACUCGUGAUUUUAUUUUUUUAUUAUUUAUUUUUUAAUUCACCAUCCUUUAUAACCUCCUUUAGUUUUUCAUCUUCCUCCCGCCUUAAGCAUUGAACAACUUCUUCCAUUUCGAAAAUCUAAAAAACAAAUAACAUAAAACACAACACAAACAUGUCGAAGGCAACUGUUGAGCUCGAUUUCUUUGGCAUGGAGAGGGAUCAGAAUUCCUCUUCCAAGUCUCAGUUCCAAAAGUUUCUUCACUCUCAAAGAAGCUUUCGAGGCAUUCAGAGCGCCAUUUCGAAGAUUGACCCUGAGAUUUUGAAAUCUGUUAUCGCCUCCGGUUCUGUGAUGAACAACCAGAUGGGUUCCGGCGACAAUGCCGUUAAUCGCUCCGUUAUUACUUCUCAGAAAUCGUAUUCGGUUCCGUCGAGCCCCAAGACGGAUCAGAUUCUUUUUCCCCCUUUGCCUGUCUAUGUUCCUUCUAACAGGCCUAUUUCAGAGAACCUUCAGGAAACUGCUCCUCUGACCAUUUUCUACAAUGGAACCGUCUCUGUUUUUGAUGUGCCUCGCGACAAGGCAGAAGGUAUUCUGAAGAUUGCUUUUGAAAGGGGCUGUAAAGCUGUUGAAUCGGCAACUGCAAAUGCGAAAUCCCCACUUCCUUCGUGCGAGCAACAACAGCUACUUGAUCCUGAUCUAAAUGGAGAUCUGCCGAUUGCACGUAGAAAGUCACUGCAGAGAUUCCUCGAGAAGCGCAAAGAGAGGCUGACUUUGGUGUCCCCUUAUGGUUGUCACACCCAGGUCUGAGACGCAAAAAAACGCGUUUCUAGACCAGUCGGAAAAUACUGGAGAAGAGUCGUUUCUGCUGGGCUAGAAAGUUUGGGAGGCUAUAGGCCUAAUGAUGACAAAAGACCACAUUAAAACUUGUAGCAUUUUAUGUUAUAUUUCUUUUUUCUUUUUUUUUAAGGGAGCUGAAAAGCAGUCCUAGUCCUAAACUACUCCUAAUAGCUUGUGUUCACAUUUGUCGGUGGAUAGACAUGGAGAUAGAGGAAAUAGUAGAAUAUAUACAUAUAUUAUAUAUAUAUAUAUGGAAAUGUGUAGGAGGGCCUUUGUUCGGUGGUUCAGGUUCACGUUUAUGUAAUGGGUUUUUGGCGAUUAUUCGCUGUAUCCUUCCUCCCACUUUCCAGUGGACCUGAUGCCAUUCUUUUAUUAGUCUUUUUUCUAAGGGUCACUAUUUAUUAAAAAACUCACAUGUGGAAAUAUUAACUUUUCUUUUCUUUCCUAUCUUUGUUGUUUGAUGGUUGAAGUUUGAACCCGCUGUUUCCGUUUGAAAUUUCUCGGAAGCACGUUUAUUUUUUUAUUUGUACUGUUUUAAUUUGGAUUGAGUACGUCUUUUCUAUCCUUUAAUUGUGGGUGUUCUGAAUAUAAUAAUAUAUUUUAGCAUUUUUAUUUUUAUUUUUUUA